GUAAAGGGAUAAUUACUUUAUGUAUUUUCUGUGUUUUUGUUCUAUUCUAGGAGGAGUCUCAAUACAGCACUGAAGUCCUUACAAGAGAAACUUCAACACAAUGAAGAAAUGAAAGGAGAGUUUGAGAAAACAGUUCAACACAUCAAGUCUCAAGCUGAGCACACAGAGUGUCAGAUUAAACAGCAGUUUGAGAAGCUUCAUCAGUUUCUCAGAGAUGAAGAAGAAGCUACAAUCACUGCACUGAGGAGGAAGAGGAGCAGAAGGAGCAGAUGAUGAAGGAGAAGCUGGAGGAGAUGAACAGACACAUCUCAGCUCUUUCACACACAAUCAAAGACAUGGAGGAGAUGAUGAAAGCCAAUGACGUCUGCUUUCUGAAGGAGUUUCCAGUCUCAAAGGAAAGAGUCCAGAGCUCACAGCCGGAUCCACAGAUGGCUUCUGGAGCUUUGAUUCAUGUGCCACGUUACUUGGGCAACCUGCCGUUCAGAGUCUGGAAGAAGAUGCAGGACAUCGUCCAAAACAGUGAGUCUGACUGCAGAAGAUCUGAGCUGGAAAUGAUGGAUGGGUGGAGAGCUAAAGCUCCUGUCAUUCUGGAUCCAAACACUACGAAUCCACGUCUCAUCCUGUCUGAUGAUCUCAACUGUCUGAGAUUCAAUGGGAACAAACGGCCUCUUCCUGAUAAUCCAGAGAGAUUUGACCAUUAUGAGUGUGUUCUGGGUUCAGAGGGGUUUAACUCAGGAACACACUGCUGGGAUGUGGAGGUUAAAGAGAGUAAAUACUGGAUUCUUGGAGUAACUACAGCAUCAAACCAGAGGAAGGGACAGGAUUUAUUUGACACUGAUGUUUGGUGUGUGACAUAUGGAUGGACUGUAGGUUCCGGUUUUCUUGUUAAACGUAAACUUGAUCGUGUGAGAGUGAAUCUGGAUUAUGACAGAGGAACGGUGUCAUUCUCUGAUCCUGUAACUAACACACAUCUACACACAUUCACAACCACCUUCACUGACACACUCUUUCCAUUCUUCAGUUGUUAUGAUGGAUCUCUGAGGAUCUUAGCGGUCAAUAGUCAGUAAUCGUUACUCCUGUAGGUCUGGAUCUUCCUGCUUUCAUCAUGUUUAAUCCAGAUCACACGAGUAAGAGUGCUGCCGGUCUGAAUAUCAGAUCAGAAUACAAGUACAUUUAUUCAUCUUUUUAAAAUGAUGUGUCAUGAAUCUCCACCCAUAACAGUAUAGUAACUGCCUAGCAACCACCCAGAACACCCUAGCAACCAUGUAGCAACACCCUGGAAAGCACACAGAACACCCUAUCAACUGUAUAGUGAUGUGUGUUUUUGUGUGUCUGAGAGACAGCAUGGACUCAAAACCUUCACACUUAAAUCAUUCAGACUUUCAAAAGGAUAGACUUUCUCAAGCCAACAUGAAAGUCUACUUACAUUAUAAUAUCAUAUUUUUCUAGUGUACCACUGAAAGAGUUCAUUCAACACUUUUUUUAGUUUUUGUUCUUGAUGAAUAAUUGUUUAUUUCUGUUCUAAGGUUGAAAUGAUCAUUUGUUGAUUGAAGUAAAUGGAUGUAAAAGGUUCUUGCUGAUCCACAAUAAAGUUCAAUGAAAUAUAAACACUUAAUCUGA